AUGGUGGCUGUUGGCCAAAUAAUGUCCCCUGUGUCUAUUUGCUUGAUAUUACAAUUUGCAGUUCUAUUUUUCUACUUGAAGCCUAGUGCUACAUGUAUCAAGACGGGGAGGCCUCAGACUCAGAGAGCAAUUGAACAGGUGGAGCAGCGGCUCUCAAAAGACGGGUGGCCAGAAUACUAUGACGGCAAGGCAGGGAGAUAUAUCGGGAAGCAAGCGAGGAAGUACCAGACCUGGAGCAUCUCAGGAUAUCUGGUAGCUAAACUGAUGAUCGAGAACCCAGCCAAUCUUUCACUAAUCUCUCUUGAAGAGGACAAGAAGAUAGCCAAGCCAAGGCUCACCCGCUCCGCUUCCUUUUGCGUCAAACCAGUGGCCGCAGCAUACAUGAUGCAUUACAGAUUAAGAGGGCGACAGAAUCUGCUGAAGGUUGUGUGAAAGACUUCAUCUUUGGAUAAAAAGGCAACCUGAAAGAGAAAUUGAGA